UCAGCAGAGUUGAGGGACAGAGAGAGGGAGAGAAAAGGUUGUACUUAAUAAAAGCCCUGCUCAGAUUACAAAAACAAGUGGUUUACUCACUUCCCCCCCUUCAAGUAAUGGGUAAAUUUAGAUGUCUCAGUUUCAUAAAUCUUCACGGUCCCCUUGAGACUGUCACCAGUGUUUUACUAUCUACAGCUUCCUGACCCUCAUCUGAUAAAUCAGGAACCAUAAAGAUUAAAAUGGAAACCUCAUACAUAAUUUCUGAAGAUAUUUUUGAGGUGACCCUCUGUGGAGAAACAGGAUUCUUAAUAAGGGGAAAUAUGGGAAUUGCCGUCUGCCUACGCACACGCUGCUGGAGAGUAGACACUUGGGAGAGGAGGAGUUGCAUAUACACAAUGUGAGCAUCUGCCUUCGAAUCAGUUUGUACUUACAAAGAGCAGAUCUACAUGCGCUGUACCUAAAGGGAACCAUUUGGCAUCCAAAUUAAUCUAUUACUUUUUACUGCUGUAGAAAGGAAAGAAAAGAGGGGGAGUAGCUAAUGGACUGCUUUCUUUUCACAGCUACUGAAUUUUCUCCUAUAAUCCGAAACCUGAACCUGGGAGACCAGACCACUGAACCCUGCCAAGCAGAGAUGGACAUAAAACAAGACUUUCAUUUUUAAGACUUAAUUGCACCUAGCAAGGCACAUGAUAAAAAAGUUGGAAACGAGCUCAGAGAUGGUUACAGUAUCUCAAAACAGCAGAUGACUAGUUUACCAUACUGACCAUGCUGGCCUUUCUGCAGGACCAUCCUGGACCAGAGAGGAACAGUGAACUCCUACACCGGAUGCAAUUCCUUUACAAAAUACAGCUCCUGAAUACAUUCUGCUGGACACAAAAAUGUCCUAUCCUUCACAUUUCCUGAACGGGUCUGGAGCUGGCAAUGAAUCUUUGUCGCCUCUCUCAGUAACGGGAGAACCCAAGCAGGACUACCCAAGUGAGGAACAAGGAAACAAAGUGCGUUGGGCAGCUUUACUGAUCCUCCUGGUGAUAAUCCCUACAAUUGGGGGGAACAUACUCGUCAUACUGGCAGUGUCUCUGGAGAAGAAGUUACAAUAUGCUACCAACUACUUUUUGACGUCCUUGGCAGUGGCAGAUUUGCUUGUGGGUCUAUUUGUGAUGCCGAUUGCCCUUCUCAUGAUCUUAUUUGACAACGCCUGGCCUUUACCAACUGCCUUGUGUCCUAUCUGGCUGUUCCUUGACGUCCUCUUUUCCACAGCUUCCAUCAUGCACCUCUGUGCCAUCUCACUUGACCGCUAUAUUGCAAUUAAAAAGCCAAUCCAGGCUAGUCAGUACAAUUCAUGGGCUACAACAGUCAUCAAAAUCGUCGUGGUUUGGCUCAUUUCAAUAGGAAUUGCUAUUCCAGUCCCUAUCAGAGGCAUUGAAGAUGGAAAUGGCAACUCUACAAACAUCACAUGUGCCCUGAUGCCUGAUCGUUUUCAUGACUUCAUUCUGUACGGAUCAGUGGCUUCAUUCUUCAUUCCCCUCGCUAUCAUGAUAGUCACUUAUUUUCUGACAAUCCAAGUGCUACGCAAGAAGGCCUACUUGAUCAACAAGCCACCUCACCGUUUCACAUGGUCAACAGUGUCCACAGUAUUUCAGCGUGACACAACAUCUGCCUCCUCACCAGAAAAGGUGGCCAUGCUAAACAGCUCCAGAAAAGACAAGACUUUGUCCAAUGACAUGCCAAUCUGCAGAACAUCCACAAUAGGGAGGAAGUCCAUGCAAACAAUAACCAAUGAACAAAGGGCGUCAAAAGUUCUGGGGAUUGUAUUUUUUCUUUUCUUGUUGAUGUGGUGCCCAUUCUUCAUAACAAACGUAAGUUCAGUUCUGUGCAACUCCUGCAACCAAGAGAUUUUUCAAAAGCUUAUGGAGAUAUUUGUUUGGAUAGGAUAUGUAUCCUCAGGAGUGAACCCUCUUGUCUAUACACUAUUCAACAAAACAUUUAGGGAGGCUUUCAGCAGGUAUAUCACUUGCAACUAUCGGACCACAAAGUCUGUCAAGGCCCUUAGAAAACAUUCCAGCAGCAUCUCUUUCAGAAGCUCUGUGACAGAAAAUUCCAAGUUCUUUGUCAUGCAUGGGAUGAGAAAUGGGAUUAACCCCAUUAUAUAUCAGAGCCCAAUGAGGCUGAGGAGCUCACCCAUCCAAGCAUCAUCAGCCAUUCUGCUGGAUACAUUGCUGCUCACAGAGAAUGAAGUUGAUAAAACAGAAGAACAAGUCAGCUACGUAUAGUGGAAUGCAGCUGUCUGUAUCACAGUGUUACUGUAUGUAUUGUUCUAGGUAACAACACAUAUGUACUGUAAGAUGGUAUAAAUACUAUUGUUUUCUGUUAUUUAUGCAAGCAACACCUUACAAAUUUAUAUUAAUUCCUCUCCUCCAAAGUCUCCCCUAUUUUAACCCCAACCCCAUGGUGGCACUCACGGCUUCAUUCCAUGAUAAAUGACUGAUGCAGAACUGUAGCCAACAGGAAAAGGGAAAUAAAUAAAAGCUAAACCAAUCUGCA